AUGGCUUCGAAUCCAGCCGCCGAGCUUGCUUCCACCAUUCAAGCCGCCCACAUCGUACGCAAUCCGUCGCCAACGCAUGAUGUAAAUCCCUCCACUGCCGCCUCAGACCUGGUCCCGGCCGACGUCCACUCUCCCGAUCUAUCAGACGCCGAAGACGAUGCCUCCACUAUUCCAAGCGACAUUGUCCGCCCUACGCCGCGCUCACGCCAGAAGGCUUUCCCGCCUCUCCCUGACAUGCGCUUCGAGCAGUCCUACCUCGCGUCCAUAGAAAACGCCGAGACCAAAACACAAGUAGCCAUCAUUACGAUACGCGAUCAAAUAUUGCUGCCACUGCUCCAAGGCACAUUGUGGAACUUUGUGCUCUUUGGAUGGCGACAUUGGAACCGGGGUGCAAAGUUCCAGGGCGAGAGCAUUGGCGCGAAGGUACGGAAGUGGUGGUGGGGUGUGAAUAAUUGGAAGGUGCCGAAGCUGAAGAAUGGGAAAGCCGAGUUCGCCAAAGGCGCAGAGGACUUUUACGUCGACCGCUUUGGUACCUCCCUUGGCGACUGA